UUCUUUCUUAUGGCCAAAAAAACAAAAGAUAAUCUUUUAUUAGAUUUUGGGCUAGAAGGAUUUAAUGUACUUAUUCCCCUAACAUAAAAAGACAAAGAUUCCUAUUUAUCACUUUAACUUUCACAACUGCAAGUAUUUAUUAGAUUGGCUUGCAUUUUGGAUAAGGCCAACACAAAGCUUUCAAUCCAAGUAUAUAAUGCCAUCUAUUCUGGGGAUUUUGGCAGGUGUCAAAAGUCAUAAUCCUCCUCUUAACUCUUCUUCUCAGUUAAUUGAUUAGCAUAUGUUCCUUUUUUUCUGCCCCUGCUUAUCCUUCUUUGUUCCAGUCUGUCCAGUUGCUUUCUAGACAUCUUUGGCAAGAGGAAGGGUCUCUAAAUGGCAACUGAGGUUGCCAGAGAUAAUGCUUCAUUUAUGCUCCAAGCCAAAUCUCUGGGCUUUCCAGUGUCAAACACCUCAACAAGAAGUUUCUUUAUGGCUCAAGUCAUGCUCAGGAUUUUUGCUGCUGUCUUAACAUUGACUGCAAUCUGUGUUAUGGCCACAAGCUCCCAAUCUAUCAUUCUACUUGGCUUCACUUUUAAAGCUCAUUAUAGCUACUCAUCUGCUAUGAGGUUUUUACUUGUGACAGAUGCUAUUGUGAUCACGGUAUUGGCGAUGUCUGGGUGCGCGGCGGCAACAGCAGUGGGUUAUGUCAGUAGAUAUGGAGAAGAAAAAAUGGGUUGGAUGGCUAUUUGUAAUCGUGUGGGGAAGUUUUGCAAUCAAAUGAGGAUAGCCAUGGUGUUAUCUUACUUAGCUUUCUUUUCCUACUUUGCUCUUGCUCUUAUGUCUAGCAACAAAGUCAUGUAUCAAGCCAGUAAAUGAGUACCGAUUAAGCAGUGGAAGGCAAG